AGGCACACUUUGAUUCGUAUUGAACUCUUUAUAAUUGUUUUUGUCGAGCUUCCUCGUGUCGUCCUCGUAAAUUUGAUUAUUCCGACGCCUCGUAAUUAAGACGGUCGAGUCGUCAGUAAUAUGUGUGCUAACAGUAGUUCUUUGGUUGCGAAAUGAAAAAUUUACAAUUAUUUUCAUACCGAAAAAGUAAGUACAAUGUGUUGUGUUCGACCUUCUAGAAAAUGACAUAGAAGGCUGGUAGUAUGUAGUACUAAACACUUGUUUUUGUCUUUUGUAUGAGUGUAAAAAGUGCAAUCGAAGAAUCGAAAGUACGAAUAGUAUCGCGAAGAUCAAAGGAACAGUAGGGCACAGAGGAAUAUCAUUUUUCGAGGAAAGAACCAAACGAUUUCUUUCUUUUUUAUUAUGUUACAUUUUUAGGCGGUUAUAAAGUUCCCGGCUGGCUUCGCUAUUACACCCGCGCAAGACACAAAGGAUGAACUGUAUUCCACGUAUCACACGUUUAGACGAAGAUCGUCGCACAAGAUCAAGACUUCGAGCAACGAGAACGUUAGGCAAGACACGUCCGAGCCAGACGAUGAAAUCGAGGUAAACGAUUCGUUGAAAGAAACCCGACCUAAUAUUAUCGCUAAUGGUGCAAAUAUAGAGAUUUAUACUCACAGUGAUUGAUACUUGUAGGAUAUUUGGGCGUCGAUGCCAAGAGAGCCAGAGAUAAAACCCGUUAGAUUGAAAGAGGUAGCGUCGCAACCUAAUGGGAAACUGCAUAGUAGGAAACCAAGCGAUGAUAUCGAGGAUAUUUGGGCAGAUAAACCGAAGGAACGCGAAAUUGAAUGUAUAAAAAAAGUCAAGGAAUCGUUAAAGCCCAUUCCUAAGUCAAUUAUCGAUAAAUCACGCAAUGGGAUCGAGGACAUUUGGGCAAAUAGGUCAAAGGAUCGCGAAAUAGAAUCCAUACAAAAAGUUAAGGAUGCGUUAAAACCUGUUGUAAAGUCGAACAAACCCCGUGACGAAGAGGAUAACGCGAAACUCACGCUUAGGUCAGGCUCACGUAAAUCAAGCGCAGACGUGGAGCACACUUUGGCUGCCAAACCGAGGGACGACAAAAUUUCUCCAACUAAAAAGCCCGAGGCCCAAAACGAGACAGCACACGCACCUAAACCAACACUCACAAACCAACAUUCAACAUCCGCGAACAAAGUAGACGACGAGAUCGAGGAUAUCUGGGCAGAUAGGCCGCAGGAUUACGAAAUUAGAUCUAUUCGUAUUAGUAAGGACGAGGAGAUUCCGAAGCUCAAGCGCGAACCACUCGAGCAGAAAAUAGAUAACGAUGUUGAGGAUAUCUGGUCGGAUAGACCACGGGAUCGCGAAAUUAAAUCUAUUUGGAAGGAGGUACCGGAAAAGAAUGCCGUAGAAUUAUCGCAAACACUACGCGAAGAACCUGAGGAUACUUGGAAGCCAAACAUGAACAACUCGAGCGACAAAACUGAUUCUCCGAAAUCUAAAACAGAAUCGCCGCUAGUUAAUUCGACCAACAAAGUAGAGGAGGUGGUUAAACCGAAAUUAAAAACGACUCGUAGAAAAUCCGACACGGACAAGAAAGAGGCGUCUAAACCGAAACUUACCUCUCGCAAAAUUGACGAUGUGGGCAAGAAGAAAGAACCGACGACGAGACGUAGAUCAUCGACAAAAUCGACGGAGGGAUCUAAGGUACAGGGAAUAGAGAACACGAUACUUAGUAACGUCUCACGAGCUUUUUACACUACUUCCGUUCGUUUCUGUUUUAUUUUUUAUAUGCUAUACAUGUUAUUCAUUCGUGCGAAUAUUAUCCAGGACCACGAGCCUACGUUAGCCUCUAACCAGGACACUGUUUCCAACGACACUAAGGUAUACACGAUAUUCCUCUUGAGGCAACAAGUACACAUGACACGCAAAUAUCGUAUUCGAGCAGUACAAACAUACUUUUGUUAGAAUUCUUCGCUUUCUAGCGCGAGGAAACUGUAAAUAAAAUUCGACUGCUGUGUCUGUGAUUAAUCGUAUCCAUUUGUUGCACUAACGUAAACCUGGGAGUGGAACGCGAGUACAUUUUAUCGUUUCCAUGUUUUUUCUAGAAGCAGGAAGUCAGCGUUAAAGCCAAGACCGUCGGAAAAGAGGAAACAAAG